AUGACGCACGAUGCAGCCGCCGAAGCCACCACCACGAAGCUGCUCGCCGUGCUCGACAAGCCACGGCGGAACUUGUACGCCUUCGCCUGCGUCACGCUCGCCUCCAUCACCACCAUCCUCACGGGCUACAAUCUCGCCUUGAUGAGCGGCGCGGAGCUCUUCAUCCGCGAGGACCUGGGCCUCACCGACACGCAGGUCGAGCUGCUCGCGGGGUCCAUGAACGUGUUCAUGCUCGUGUCCAUCCUAUUCUCCGGCUGGACGGCCGACCUCCUGGGCCGCCGCGUCACGCUUGUGGUCGCCAACGCCUUCCUCAUGGCCGGCGCGCUCGCCAUGUCCCUCGGCGGCAGCUACGCGGCGCUCGUGGCUGCACGCUUCGUCACCAGCAUCGGCAUGGGGCUCGCCCUCGUCGUCGCGCCGGUCUACAACGCCGAGAUCUCGCCGCCGUCCACGCGCGGCGUGCUCUCGUCGCUGCUCGACAUUUUUAUCAACGUCGGCAUCCUUCUUGGCUACACGUCUAACUACGCCUUGGCCGGACUGCCGGUGCACCUCGCCUGGCGCAUCAUGUAUGCCAUCGGGGUGCUCCCGCCCGUGCUCCUAGCCGUGGGAGUGCUCGCCAUGCCGGAGUCGCCUCGAUGGCUCGCCAUGCGCGGACGCCACGCCGACGCGCGCGCGGUGCUCUUGCGCACCUCCGACACCGCCGCGGAGGCCGACCUCCGCCUAGAGGACAUCAACCGGGCCCUUGAUGCGCCACAGGCUGCUGGCUCCGUGUGGCAGGAGCUGAUCGUCCGGCCGUCGGCGACAGUCAGGCGAAUCCUCGUCUGCGUUGUCGGGCUGCACUUCUUCCAGGAGGCGUCCGGCAUCGACGCCGUCGUUCUGUACAGCCCGCUCGUGUUUAAGAAGGCCGGCAUGUCCACGAAUAGCUCCGUACUGGGCGCCACCGUGGCCGUCGGGGUCGUCAAGACGUGCUUCAUCUUCGUGGCCAUGCUCCUGGUCGACCGCGUCGGCCGGCGCCCGCUCCUGCUGGCCAGCGCCGGCGGCGUCGCAGUGUCCUUCACCGCUCUGGCGCUCACGCUGUGCGUCCGCGAGACGUCGUCGGCGAGCGCGGCCGUGUGCGUGGCGUCCGUGAUGGCGUUCGUGGCGGCGUUCUCGAUCGGGUUCGGGCCGCUCGCGUCCACGUACGCCGCGGAGAUCUUGCCGCUGCGGCUGCGGGCACAGGGCGCGAGCCUCGGCAUGGCGGUGAACCGGCUGACGUGCGGGGCGGUGAGCAUGUCGUUCAUAUCGCUCGCCGGGUGGAUAACGAUGCCUGGGUGCUUCUUCCUUUACGCCGGCGUGGCGGCGACGGCGUGCGUGUUCGUGCACAUGUGGCUGCCGGAGACGAGGGGCCGGAGCUUGGAGGAUAUGGAUGUCCUCUUCGCCAAAUGA